AAUAUGUGUUCUCUGACCUUUGCAGACGCAUGGUCAUUUUUAUGAAAAUAUUUCUUUUAAUUAAUCAAAGUUGAUUAAUUUAAAUACAUCUUUUUUUUAAGCUACUUCACUCUUUCUGGAAGAGAAACAUCCUUGACCAAUAGAUGUCGUCAAUGAAAAACAUAAAUUUAUAUAUCAAAAGCAGUAGCAACGGCGCAUGUAAAACACGCUACGAAGCGCGCGCCCCGUUUGAUUCCCUAGUGUUUAUCAUUAUGCAUUGCAUUGCAAUAGCUCCUCUGAAAUUGCAAUAGCUCCUCUGAAAAGUUAUUCGGCUAUGUGAAUGAAUGUUGUCCAGAAGAAGAGAUAGAGUAAGGUGUGCCAGAGGGCCUUGGGUGUGCCUCUGCCUCUGUAUCUGUAAGAAUCUUGGCCACAACGGCCUUGGCCACAACUGCUUUCACAAUAACGUUAAAUGGAGGCCCAAAACACUGGAUCAAGCAUAAGGCCCAUUCAGGAUGUUGAUGCCAUUGCCGAGAAGGCAAAACUGCAGCUCGAAGACCUUCUUCCAAAGGCACAGACCCUGUACUUUUCUGACGAUUGCCUUGCCAACGCGUCUCAGCUGACCCUGGUGGAAGCGGAUGCCCACGUCAUUGAUCAUGUUUGCAAAGGUGGCAGCCUGGUCAUUCGGGGCGAACCCUCGGACAGUGCCGUGCUCUGUACCGCGGAGAAAACGUACUCUGUUCGAGAGGCGGAGACAUCCAACUCCCUUCUGCUGCUCCAGUCGUUAACGGGACCCAACGAAAUUGAGAAGGAGGGUCCUCGACAUGUUACAGACAGACAGGUGGCCGGCACGUUCUACACCUACCUGGAGCUGCGCGAGUGCCAGCCGCGGCUGCGGCGGCUGCACCGGCUGCUGUCGGCUGACCCGUACCGUGGCCGGCUCCACCCGGGGACCGGGUACAGCGCCGCGCGGCUGGCCGAGGCCGUGCAGGCCAGCCGGGAGCAGCUGGAGACUGCGCUCAAGGAGAGCCACGCGCUGCUGAUGGACGGCGAGUACCGGUUUCUGGAGUGCGAGUACGAGUUCCACGUGUUCAGUCUGAUCACAAAGUUCAUCGAUGAGAACUCGUGGUCGAGUGUCGAGGUGCGACGCUCGCUGACGCUGGAGACGCUGUCGGAGCUGGAGCCGGUUGCAGUGGUGGCGCACUGUUUCGACAAACAUAUGAAGCAAACCGGCGAGACGGCCGCGGAUGGAGGCGAACCGCUGUACACGUUCUGCGAGGAUCAGGUGGCCCGGCUAUUCGCUCGCCUGCUGCUGCAGCCCAUGAAGACGUUCAACCUGGCUGACUUCACCGCGUCGUGGCAGCAGAGCGUCCCCGACGGAGUGACCACCAGCGCGGAUCAGCUGCGCGGCCUGGCGGUGGUGAACAGCGAGGUCAGUCCGCAGGUGGUGGUGCGUCUGGCGCCCACUGACCUACCCGACGACGCACCGGAGAGAUUCGCCGCCCUGUUCGCCGUCAAACAGCACUGGACGGCUGACGAGCUGCACCCCUACCUCGAGGACCUCACAUCUCCCUCUGUCAAGAUGGGCUCACUGCUGGCCAAAAACACGCGGCUCACCACCAAGGCCGGUGUCAAGAUGUACGGACCGAAGCACGCCCACUGACCGCAGUUUGUGCGGACGGUUACCGGAGGAACUGGUGUGGAUGGAAGCGGGAGGGGCGGACUGGAUCUGAAGUCGCCUCUGCGCCCCCUGUGUGGUUCCAAACUGGCAAUGACCAUUGCAGAGCGAAGCGAGGGUUGGAAUGCAUUAGAGGCUUGCCCUCACCUGGACCGGCUCGAUCUCGCCGGACAAAUUGUUAGAAGUCGGACCUUGCGACUUUUGGCGCUCAGCAGUCAUUCCUCAAUCGAACGUUAGAAACUCAAAUGAAGUGAGUUGAACAGAGAACCUGAGACCAACCCAUUUCAGAGGACCCGAGACUGUGUGUUCAGGCGCCAGCGUUUUUCGACACACCGGGUAAGUUCAAAGAACUCACUCUAUUAGAACUGUUGUGUGGAGCUACGCUGGGCCAGGAUACGUGCUGCUCGUGACUCAUAGUGUGUAUGAUUGUCAUCCUGAGAGACUUCUGGUCCACAGAUGGAGUCACAGACCUGUCUAACGUUCCACCGACUGUGUGUCAGUCUGUCAGUCCGUGUGUCGGUCUGUGAUCAAGUGUCGGUCGGUCCCGCAGCUGUGUUGGCGGUCAAGGUCACAUCGUGCCUUUGUCUCGCAUUUGUAUUGGCAUCGGCUUUACAUUCGACAUCCUUAUGACGGAUGAUGGUACAAAAAGCGAGUCGCGUCUCGUCAUAGUGGACCAAGUUUGCAGCACGGAUGUGGAGCGUUCGUUCAGUGUACCAGCUGUUGUAUGAGUGGAACUUUUGUGCUGGUUUUCGGUGUUUGUGCUGCGAUCAAACGCAGAGGCCGAGAUAGUUUUGCCGUUUUUGUACGCUGUUUUAUCUUUCGCUCUAAGCUGCAAAGUGCUGACCGUAUUCUCAUAUGUUUAUGGGUCACAACCUCACAAACUGUUCUUUUAAUAGAACAAAAUCUUGUAAAACGGCGCAAUAUUGUGAACAUGUUUGUCGCGUUUAGGAAUUAUUCAAACACAACUGAAUAAAUAAGUGCUAAUUUAUUUUAAGUUUUUUAAUGUCCUUUCUCUGUGACCUCAUUUCGUCCUUUCUCAUCAAUAAAAUUUGAGGAUUUAACUUAUCUC